UCGUGGAAACCGGACUUCCAGGUCCCCAAGAAGGAGACUGAGGAUCCGAACUCCUGAGUUCUGGAUGAGUGGAUGCCGCAUCUAUGGGAUGCAUGGCCAUCUGCGGGAUGUGAGUCGGACUGAGCGCAGCCACUGUCCAACCCAGACGGUGAAGAAGCUCUUGGAAGAACAGAGGCGCCGUCAGCAGCAACCUGAGGCUGGUGGGGUACCGGGACACUUCUCCCCUCCCCUGGCCCAGCCACUGACCCCAUCUGUGAAGGAGGCAGAGGCAGGCCAUACUCACUUCCCGACCUUCGAAGAGACUGUGGAUUCAGGACCUGGCAACCUGGCUCCUCCUCCUUCAGGCUUUCUAGACUGGGACCCUAGCACCCAUGCUGCCUACACAGACAGCUCUUGCCCGUACUCUGUUGCCGAAGGCUUCCUGACUCCUGACUUCUACCCACCGUCAGACCCGGGGCGCUCAGGCCCAUUUCCUCUGGGGAUGGAGGACUCUCUGGAUACCCGGCUGUAUCCAGAACCUUCCCUGUCACAGGUAGGACCCUGGAGAGUCUCUAGCGUCCCCCCAGGAUCCCCACAGUUGCCUCCAUCCACUGGACCCUCCCUGGAGACAGCCCGAGCUCACAUACUGGCUUUGGGGCCACAGCAGCUGCUGGCCCAGGAUGAGGAAGGAGACACGCUCUUGCACCUGUUUGCUGCUCGGGGACUGCGCUGGGCAGCGUAUGCUGCGGCAGAGGUGUUACAGAUGUACCGACAGCUGGAUAUUCGUGAGCAUAAAGGCAAGACGCCGCUCCUGGUGGCAGCUGCUGCCAACCAGCCCCUGAUUGUGGAGGACCUGCUGAGCCUGGGAGCGGAGGUGAAUGCUACUGACCAUCAAGGCCGUUCUGUCUUGCAUGUGGCUGCCACCUAUGGGCUCCCAGGAGUCCUUUCGGCCGUGUUUAAAUCGGGCAUUCCAGUGGACCUGGAAGCCAGAGACUUCGAAGGCCUCACCCCUCUCCACACGGCCACCCUGGCUCUCAACGCUGCUAUGCCCCUACCUAGCGUCUGUCCGAGGAUGCUGAGUCCCCAAGCCCGAGACAGACUGGCUUGUGUGCAGAUGUUGCUGCAGAUGGGUGCCAGUCAUACCAGCCAGGAGAUCAAGAGCAACAAGACCAUUCUGCACUUGGCUGUACAGGCUGCCAACCCUACCCUGGUUCAGUUGCUCCUGGGGCUGCCAAGGGGGGACCUGCGGGCCUUUGUCAACAUGAAGGCCCAUGGGAACACAGCCCUCCACAUGGCAGCGGCCCUGCCCCCUGGACCACCCCAGGAGGCCAUCGUGAGGCAUUUGCUGGCUGCUGGAGCAGACCCCACACUGCGCAACCUGGAAAAUGAGCAACCCGUUCACUUGUUGCGACCUGGGCCGGGCCCUGAGGGGCUCCGGCAGCUGUUGAAGAGGAGCCGUGCGGCACCCCCAGGCUUGUCCUCUUAGGACUGAAAUCCAGAACCUGGACUGAUUUUUCCA